CUGAGCUGGCGGGGGACAGCAGAGGAGACGUGUACACUUCUAGUCAGUAACCUUUCCUUUCCGCGACCCGGAAGAAGUCCCUGGUCCGGCUCAAGAUGGCGCCUCCCACGCCGCUUUUGGCAGUGCGAGGAUCUGAAGGACUUUAUAUGGUGAAUGGGCCUCCUCACUUCACAGAGAAUACAGACUUUCCAAGGGAGUCGGGAAAAAACACUAAAGUUUUUGCUUUCAGCAAAAAUGGCAACCUCUUUGCUUGGUGUAAUGGAGAACAAGUAAACAUCAUGAAUGUCAUCAGCUGCGAUGUACUGUGUUCUCUUGAUCUGCCAAAAACGGUUUGCCUUGAAUUCUCUCCAAAGUGCAGUAUACUGGUAACAUGGCAGCCCUAUACAACUACAAAAGAUGGUGGAGCAGGGGUGCCCAACCUUCAUGUUUUUGAUGUGAAAACUGGAAAGUGCUUAAAGUCAUUCAUCCAGAAAAAGAUGCAGAAUUGGUGUCCUUGCUGGUCAGAUGACGAAACCAUAUGUGCCAGGAGUGUUAACAAUGAACUACACUUCUUUGAAAACAACAACUUCAGUACAAUUGCAAAUAAACUUCACUUGCAAAAAGUCACCGAUUUUGUGUUAUCACCAGGUGAUCAGAUGACCAAGGUUGCUGUCUAUGUUCCUGGAAGCAGAGGGGCUCCCUCUUUUGUAAGGCUCUACCAGUACCCCAACUUUGGAGGCCCACAUUCUGCAUUGGCCAACAAGAGUUUCUUUAAAGCUGAUAAGGUCACAAUGCUGUGGAACAGCAAAGCCACUGCUGUACUUGUUAUAGCAAGUACAGAAGUUGAUAAAACUGGAGCAUCCUAUUAUGGAGAGCAGACACUGCAUUACAUUGCAACAAAUGGGGAAAGCGCUGUUGUGCAACUGCCAAAAAAUGGUCCUAUUUAUGAUGCAAGUUGGAAUCCCAAUGCCACAGAGUUCUGUGUUGUGUAUGGCUUUAUGCCUGCCAAAGCUACUAUCUUCAAUCUCAAAUGUGAUCCUGUCUUUGACUUUGGAACUGGCCCACACAAUGCUGCAUACUAUAGUCCUCAAGGACAUAUUUUAGUAUUAGCUGGAUUUGGGAAUCUCAGUGGACAAUUGGAUGUGUGGGAUGUUAAAAACUACAAACUGAUUUGCAAAGCACAGGCAUCUGAUUCCACAUAUUUUGCGUGGUGCCCUGAUGGGGAACAUAUUGUAACAGCUACAUGUUCUCCAAGGCUACGAGUUGGGAAUGGAUACAAGAUCUGGCAUUAUACUGGCUCUGUCCUAUACAGAUAUGAAGUCCAGCAAAAUGCAGAACUUUGGCAAGUUGCCUGGCAACCAUUUUUGGAUGGCGUAUUUCCAGCAAAGGCAGUAACAUACCAUGCUGUUCCAAGCAAAGUUCCAAAGGAUGAGCCAAAGGCUGCUCAAGCUUAUCGGCCUCCAGCUCUGAGAAACAAACCUGUAACUAGUUCUAAGCUUCACGAGGAUGAGCCACCACAGAAUAUGAGACCACAGUCAAAAACUGGUGAUAAGCCAUUAUCUAAAACUGCACUCAAAAAUCAAAGGAAGCAUGAGGCAAAGAAAGUUGCUAAGCAGGAGGCCAGAGCUGAAGGGAACCAGGAAAUUGCUCCAGCCCCACCAGCACAGAAUGUAUUGCACAAUCAAGUACCAUCUGUGACAUCAGGAGACCCUGAGGUGGAUAAGAAGAUAAAGAAUCUGAGAAAGAAACUAAAAGCAAUUGAACAGCUGAAAGAUCAGGCUGCUACAGGCAAACAGCUGGAGAAAAACCAGUUGGAGAAAAUGCAGAAAGAAGCUGCACUUAUAAAGGAACUGGAAGAAUUGGAACUGGGCAUCUAGAACUAGAGAAAAUGAAGUCAGCAUUUUGUUCUACAGAAACGAUAAAUGAAUAAAAAUGUUCAGUUUUAAAAUACUUGUUAUAUAGCUUCAUUUUAUUUCCUUGCCCCUGACAUCUGAAUAAAUGUAAAAUUUUGAAUUGAAGUUUUGUAAUUCUAAACUAGGCAAACCAGUUGCUGUGGUUUCAAAACUUUAUUGCACAAAUCCAAAAUAAAUUAUGUUGGCUUCUCACUUGA